CAGAAAACCACAGUGCCUUUAUGCCACCUCACUACAAUUCCUUAACAUCUAAUAUCCAUAUUCAAAUGCCCUGAAUUGUCUCAGUUGUUUCUCUACAGUUGAUUUGCUUGAAUCUGAAUCCAAGCAACAUCCACAGGUUGUAUUUACUUGAUGUUUUUGCAAGUGUUCCUGGGUAUAGCAUUCAUGUCUGCCUUUAGAGAUAAGAUUAAUUCUUGAUGGGUGUAGAUGUUGACAGCCUCAAGCAUCCAUUCUGAAGUUCCCAUCAAACUUUCUUUCACCUAAGGGUUCUAGCAUCCAUUGCAAUCAUUGCCUAGGGACAUUAUUUCAUUAGGGAUUACGAAAGGUGAUUCUCAGAUUGCAUCAUUCCUUCUGUAUCGAUGAGCAGAUUUUUUUCUGACCUGUGUUUAUUUCUACUUUUUUAUGUAUACCUUCCUGGGGAGAGUUGUAAAAGGAUACAUUCUUCAUCUUUACUUCACAGAGGAUGGUUCUGGACUUCCUUAGUAAUUCUGUAAUAUGUCCUCAAUUUUCUCAUAUGUAAAUUUGGGGGUAAUUAUGCCUACCUCUUGGGGAUUUUGUGAGGAUUAAAUGGUCCGGUACAUGUAGCUUAAAAAUGGUGCCUGGCACUAAUGUUGGGGUAAGCGCUAGUUAUUAAAGUAACUUUUUCAUUUAAUUCUUCAAGUGUAAUGGAGAGGCAGAGAUGGGAGAGGUUCUUCAUGUGUUGACAUCAGCAGGAUGCUUGAAUUUGUGUAGAGUGAGCUGAGGGAAGUGCUGCUUGCGCACACCAGGCUGUCCUUUGUGGCUGCAUGGAAACACCCAUAAUACACGAAGCGUGUAUCACUGCACACUGUGCAAUGGAUACUGACAAUUGAAGAGGUAGAAUCUGGAACGCACUCUGAAAUGGAGUUAGUACAAUGAAGGGAAGUAGGUAGGUAGGCAGUAUGAGAUGGUGGCUCCAGGUACAGGUUUUUACUGUGUCAUGGCCCUUUGAGUUUUUAUCUGAACAAAGGGCAGCAUGCUUGCCUAGUCUGAUUUGUCUUGUUGUCAUUCUACACUCAACUAGAGCUGUUUGAGAUUGCAGAUCACUUUGGUAGGGGAGGAAGUGCUUUACUUCUUCUUGGCCUUUUAAUCUGCCUUCUCUUUCUGCUUUAAAAAAACCCCACUGUUGAUAAUUGUAUAGAGUGUUGGAAGUUUAACACUCUUGAUCAGGUGUUUAGUCAUUAAUAUUUGAUUCAUUUAUUUAAACAUUUGAGCACCUGCAGUGUGCAAGAUAGUGUUCUAGACACAGACCACAUCAGUGAGCAUCAGAGACUAGAGUCUCUGCCCUCAUGGAAUUUACAUGUUGGUAGUGAGGUGACAGUAAAUAUGAGGAAGUUGUAUAGUAUGUUAGAAGGUGUUGAGUCCUGUGGAAAAAAAUAAAGCAGGAUAAGGAGAGAUUGAGAUGGUUAGGAAGUUACUUUUGAGCAAAGACAAUGAGAGGAGAGCAAGUCUUGUGAAAAUCUGGGGGUGCAGAGUGUGUCCUGCAUAGGGAACAGCCAGUGUCAAGGUCCCGAGGCAUGUUUGGUACAUUGUGCAUUGUGAGUAAAGAGGUGACUGCUUGCUGUGUUAAUGCCCUGUUGUGGGCCAAGGGCCAGAGCUUGGAGACAGGUUAAGAGGCUAGGGCAGUUAACCGGAUGAGAUGGAAUGGUGAUUUGGAUCAGGGUGCUAGUGGUUGAGAUUCUGAGUGGUCUGAUUCUGGAUAUAUUUUUUGAGAGAAAGCUAACAGAUUUUGCUAAUGGAUUGAUUAUGAGUGAGUUGAGAGAGAAAGUGAGCAAGCCCUCAGUGAUGACUGAUAAUUUGGGCUUGAGCAAUAGUAAGGAUGGAGUCACCAUUCUCUGAGGUGAGGAAGAUUGAGAGUGGAACAGCUUUAAGGGGGUGAGCCAAAUUAUUCAUACUCCCAAGGAAAAGGAUAGGUGGUUACAAACACUUCAUUCAGUAAGGACAGUGAUCCAUAGAUUUUGCUAUGAGAACUCGUAUCUAUAGAUCAUAUAGCCAAUUCUCUUAACCUAAUGUCUUAAGGAUGUAAGAGUUAGCAGAUGAGGGAAGGCUGAGAUUCAUAUAGCCUGUGGUAACAAGGUCAGAUGUAGAAUAGACUUUGAGACUUAAUUUUUUAAUUCUGACACUGAAAAAGAGAAUGGAGGCAAAAGCCUUGGACUUGGAGAAUGAGAAGCUGGUUGAGCCUUGAUCUUCUAGCCGAAUUUCCUGCUCUGUGUGUUUUUACUUACAUAAGAAGCCUGUGCCUGGGACUUCUUUUUGUUUUGAAUCUCUUCAUUUUCUUCAUACAUAUAUUCAUCACGAAUGAUCAUACAUAAAUACUUCAGUUGGAUUUUAUCCUCUACACUCUUUGCAGUCUCUUUUGUUAACAUUUGUUAUAUAUACAUCUCAGUUGUUUUCUCUGCAAACUCAAAAUUUUUAAACAUGGGUGAUAUUGAAUGACCUUUUAUUAAUAUUGUUUGUUUCUAUUAAUAAAUGUCCUUUUCAUUAAAGAUAGUGUUGCAUAGUGAUUAAGGGAAGAAACAAUUUAAACCUAGAUGGGAGUGCAAAUCCAGAUGUAAACACAAAUAACUGUAUCCUGGAGUGUUAUACUACCUCAUUGGUUUCAGUUUUCUUGUGUGUAAAAUGAUCAUAAUAAUUGUACUUAUCUUAUAAUUGUUGUGAGGAUUAAAGUAAUGCAUACAGCACUCUAGGCACAGUACCUACAAGGUGUUAAGACUUAGUGCCAGGUAUUUAUUUUUUAUCUCCAUUAUUUAUAACUCAUUUAUGAUAACUAGUCGUUUGCAAGCAAAUAGUGCUGAGCCUUUUGAAUUCUUCCCAUUAAAAGGUAACACAAAAUGCUUAGUCAUUGGGAUUACAUGAUAUGGUGUCAUAGGCGCUACUACUCCGUUACUUUACGUUUUCAUUUCUCUCAAAAAAUAUAGGUUAUUGGAGUUUGCUCCAUACACAUGUUCUGGUAUCAUCCACAUAAAGGUUGAAACCAGUAGUAGUUUCAAAUUUACCCCCAUACCCAAAAGGUCUUCAUUGCUGAGACUUCUUUCGAAAAACAAACAAAACCCAAAAGACCCCUGGUGAGCCACACUUCUACAUUCAUAGAAGCAAAUUAAAAUGACUGUAUCUUGGGGGAUGUGUGUAUAUGGAUGAAAUGAUAAAUCUGGUGAUUUAUGAACUUUUCUAGGUGAAUAAGAUUUUAUUUGACGAAAUGGAUUACUUACAUGGGAAACCAUCCCUCCUAACCCCCCACCCCCCAAUAAUUUGCUAAAAGUAGAGCCAUUCUGGUUGGUAGAGGGUUGCUGGAGGGGGGCUUAAAUCCCUGUUCACUCUGCCUCACCUCCCACCCCUGUGAUGGGACACCCCCGUGUCCCAUCUAGGAACCCUCAGAAUAUAGUUUGAAUGCCAUUUGAGUUCAAUCACGGUUUCAUACAUUUCUUGCAUACUUCCAAAAACUUGAACAGCAAGAUUGUAGGUAUAGUAGAAAUGUUUUGCCAAAGAAAUUUAAGGGCAAGCUCCUUAAAUGUUUUAGGGACUAUUAUAUGAUUACAUGUCUUCAGCUCCACUUGUAAUUUAAAAUUGGCUGGAAUUCAUAUCUGUUGUAUUCGAAACACUCAUUUUCCUUUCGGUGUCACUGAUAAACUGCUAUCAUAGCCAAGCUCUACAUUUUUAAAGUUAAGCAAGGGUUGAGGAAGGCCCUGUUAUGAGUAUGUAUAUACCAAGCGCCAGUAACCUAUUCCACUAGAGGAGUUUGCUUUGUUGGACUUUGAAUCAAGAUAACAAAAGUGAAAAUGUGUCUGAAAAGUCCGUAAGUAGAAUUUUAUAUAAAUUUAGUGAGUUUUUUUGUAUUUAACUUGAAUGAAGUGAUGUAGAUAGGAGCUAAUAGUUGAGUUGGUUGGGAGCCUGUUUAAAAUAUUUGUGACAGAACUGCAUAUUUAAUACAUUAUUUUAUUUAGUUCUUUUUAUCUAUAAAUAACUUCUAUGAGGCUCCUAAAACACCUGGGGUAUCGUUGAUAGUUUAAUUUGAAAGGAGUCGAUAUCACCACUUCCAGUCUAUGCAAGUUGUAGACAGUGAAGUGACGUUUACUGAGCACCUGCCUGUUGCACUGGGCAACACACUUUCUAGGUGUUACUUACUCCUUAUUAAACCAUUAGGAGCUGCGUGGUGCCUUCAUUUUACAGACGAGACAGUUGAGGCUCAUAGAGAUUACUUGCCUAAGGUCCUGCAGUUAGGAAGUGACAGAGCUUGGACCCCCAGCCCUUCAAAGCUCGUCUGCUUUCUUGACCAUGCCACCUACACAUGUAAGUUUUCAGACGUGUCGGUGUGUUCUGUACCCCUUAAAUUACUAGUUAGUAAAGGGAAUAUUUUCCAUCGAAUCAGAAAAUGAGCAAGACUUGGCAAGCCUACUAUUGACAGUAGUGGGCUCUGCCUAUUCAGAUUGUCCUUUUGAAUGUUUGGUUUUUAAAUCGACCCCAAAGCUAAAACGAUUGUGGUUUGGUCACAUUGAGGGUCACUUUGUUCUACUCUUUGGUAGUUCACGAGCCUCAUUGAGUUUAUUAUGACUUGCAGCCCUGAUGGCUUUAAGGUUUGUUUUUCUUGUUCUUUGUUUGGUUUUUAUGGCAGAUGACUUUCUUUUAAGAGUGACCAUACAUCCUGGAUUUUACACAAUGUCCCAGAAUAGCUUCCUAGCUUGGAAGAUAAACUAUAUGUUCUCCCUAGAUAAUAGAAGAGAGAUGUUAGAUUUGGUCAUAACUAAUUACGUUUUGAUUAUAUUACCUGAAGGGGUUUAAUAGCUGAUUUAAAUUUGGUCUUACCUAUUUUACUCUUUAUAGUUCAAACACAGCAAAUAUUUGUGUACACUUCUUUAUUUGGAUUAAUUCUUUAAUUGUAAUUUAAUUCAUCCAAGUAAAUGAAAUAGUACUUUCAUGUACCAAGAUUGUAUUUUAAUUUUGUGCGGAACUAUCAACAAAACACUGCUUUCUGAGACAGAAGCGCCCUCCUGUUGGGGAGAGUCUCUCUGUUUCACAACACCCUUGUGUUUGAUUGAAAUCAGCUCAAUUUCUUACACUGGCCAUCAUAACUAGGGGACCAUUUCUUUAUACAUUCUACGUCUAUUACUCUCAUUACAGAAAUAAUCGUUUUCUUAAAAAUGCACUACCAAGGAGCCAACCCACAUACUUACCAUUACUAUACCUACUUUAUUACUUGUCCCACAUUUCUCACUUAAGGGAUUUAUCUGAACCAUGAACCAGCUUAGUCCUAGAAAUAUAAAAACAUAAAUUAAAAAAUUUCAUUUUAGCUGGAGAAAAAAUUUUUCCAUGUAUAUUCUUUCUAACAAUAAAGGAACUCUGGAUAGUGUUCGUUAUAUUUUUGUUGUAGAAAUGUUUACUUUUUUAAAAGAGUGAGAAAAAAUAUGCAAAACUUGUAUAUUUUAUUUGGAACCAUUUUUUAAGAAUUGCACACUUCAUCUCCUAAAAGGCUGUGACAGUCUCUCUUAAUGACUAGGAUGUGAAAUUUGGCUGCAUUGUAUUAUAGUAUUUUAUAUUUUUCUGUAAACUAAUUUGAUCUGUUUUUGUUUUUGUUUCCUUUUCCAGUCUUUACUAGGUGCUGGUCUCUGGAUGUUUUUUGUUUAAAUUGGAAAAAUCUUAAAUCUGUCCACAGACUGCUAUGGUAUCCAGUGAGAUGGGGACUGUUGGCAGUGGCUUUUGAAGGAUCUGAGGGGCAGAAAGAGCUGAGAACUCGGCCUUGAGCUAGUGUUUGGCGUCUUCCUGCUGCCUCUCCUGUGGGCCCAACAUCUUUUCUCUCUAGCUUACCUGCCAGCUGUUCUAGGGAAGUUAGGGGUUAGACCAGUCUAAGCAUUCAUCACGGAGCGGAAUAUGGCUUAGGUAUCUUACUUGCAUCAUAUUUGACGAUGGGAAGGUGUUGUUUAUUUUAGCAGUGCUUCCUAGUGAUCGGAGAAGGAAGGGCUUGUUUUGUCUCUGAGCCCUCUGCUCUUUGAAUAGAUAGGCUGCUGCAGCAGCCGCUGCAACACAUAGCCCCUUCCACCUUCCCUCCAGACAAACAUAAAAGCACUCUGGCUGUUUGUCCCUUCUUGAGGAGACAGAUGGUCAAGUAUUGCCGUUGAGAAGAGAGACACUUGAAAUGGCCCUUCUGACCAGUGAGCUAGGCUUAUCUGUGUGUAAGUUGGAACAAAAUGGCAAGGGUAUGGCUUGGAUGUUGGAUGGCAGUGGGAGCUCUGUUGGGGGGCAGGGAUCUCAUAAUUGCCAACUACAGUUUUCUUUGUAAUUGAGGACCUAACCCUUAUACUGAAAUGUUACAGGUACCCUUUUAAAUAAUUAAUAUUUAUUAGUCACCUGAUUAGAUUUUAUUAAAAAUUUAGGUAAUUCUUCCUAAAUAAUGUCCAAGUAUUUUUUUAAAUAACUUGAACAUUUUGGGGUCAGAGAAAGUAGUCAUAGAAAUACAAGCAGCUUCAGGUUUUGGCAAGUAUGAAGUGAUACAAAUACCAACUUUUAGUGUAUUUUAUGUUUUUGUGUGUGGCAGUUUUACUCAUGCCAGUCAUUAUUGACACUGGCUUUUAGGAGGAAAGAUUUUAGUUUUUUUUAGUGUAACUGUUGUAGUGCUUUAUGCUUAAAAAGGCAUAAAGAUGGGUUUAAGACAUUUCUACAUGGCAGCAUUAUUAAUUAGACCUAAUAACCUAAUUCGGUAGCGUGUUUAUCUUUAAGCAUUAUUUCCAGCUCUUUUCCUUACCAGUAAGAGGUGUGUUGUUAAGUGUUUAGUACUGUGGUCUAUUUGGAAAAGAGGUGGCUUUUAGUAUCAUUUAUAGGACUUAAUAAUUUUUAAAGGAAAAUAUCUAGAUUCAUCAAAAAGCAUCUGCUUUGUCAAGCAUAAAAAAACAUUUCACUCUGAGGUUGCCUUAUCUCAAAAGGAGAAAUCACUUUAGGAGUUAACAUGUGGAAGGCAUUAGGUUGAAUUACAAAGUGUUUUUCAUAUUGGUCUUUCAGCUCCAAUUAUAAUAACUUUGAAGAUUCAGAAUUUGUCUCUUUUUCCAGGAGAAAACCCGUCAUAUUCAUAAACUCAAUUUUAGGGUUGGUACAGUAGGCUUCACUAGACUUAGCUGCAACUCAGAAUUUCUCCUCCAGCACCUGAGUAAAUGCUGAUGGUCUUGUGGAGAGUGGAUUAAGAGUACGAGCUAAGUUCUCAAUCCCAAUUAAGAAGCGGAGGAAAAUUUAAACUGUCUCCUUCAAAGUUUAUCACAACCGCCACCAUCAAGACAGCAAACCAAAGGACAAAGACUUUGACCUGCUGUGUUGCUCUGUGUAGUCCAGUUCACGUAUGGUUUACAGACUUGGCUGGGGUUACUAAUGAGUAAAUAAAAAGUUGGACACUUCUGUCACUGGACACUUUUAUUCACAAAGUUACCAAAAUGAGGGCUGUACUGGAGACAGCAGACAUUGCCAUAGUGGCCCUGUAUUUUAUCCUGGUCAUGUGCAUUGGUUUUUUUGCCAUGUGGAAAUCUAAUAGAAGCACUGUAAGUGGAUACUUCCUGGCGGGGCGCUCUAUGACCUGGGUAGCAAUUGGUGCCUCUCUGUUUGUGAGCAAUAUUGGGAGUGAGCACUUCAUUGGGCUGGCAGGAUCUGGAGCUGCAAGUGGAUUUGCAGUGGGCGCAUGGGAAUUCAAUGCCUUACUGCUUUUGCAACUUCUGGGAUGGGUUUUCAUCCCGAUUUACAUCCGGUCAGGGGUAUACACCAUGCCUGAAUACUUGUCCAAGCGAUUUGGUGGCCAUAGGAUUCAGGUCUAUUUCGCAGCGUUGUCUCUGAUUCUCUAUAUCUUCACCAAGCUCUCAGUGGAUCUGUAUUCGGGUGCCCUCUUUAUCCAGGAGUCUUUGGGUUGGAACCUUUAUGUGUCUGUCAUCCUACUCAUUGGCAUGACGGCUUUGCUGACUGUCACCGGAGGCCUUGUUGCAGUGAUCUACACAGACACUCUGCAGGCUCUGCUCAUGAUCGUUGGGGCACUCACACUUAUGAUUAUUAGCAUGAUGGAGAUUGGCGGGUUUGAGGAAGUUAAGAGAAGGUACAUGUUGGCCUCACCCAAUGUCACUUCCAUCUUGUUGACAUACAACCUUUCCAACACAAAUUCUUGUAAUGUCCACCCUAAGAAAGAUGCACUGAAAAUGUUGCGGAAUCCAACAGAUGAAGAUGUUCCUUGGCCUGGAUUCAUUCUUGGGCAGACCCCAGCUUCGGUGUGGUACUGGUGUGCUGACCAAGUCAUCGUGCAGAGGGUCCUAGCGGCUAAAAACAUUGCUCAUGCCAAAGGCUCUACUCUGAUGGCUGGCUUCUUGAAGCUUCUGCCAAUGUUUAUCAUAGUUGUCCCAGGAAUGAUUUCCAGGAUACUGUUUGCUGAUGAUAUAGCUUGCAUCAACCCAGAGCACUGCAUGCAAGUAUGUGGAAGCAGAGCUGGGUGCUCUAACAUUGCUUACCCACGCCUGGUGAUGAAGCUGGUUCCUGUGGGCCUCCGGGGCUUAAUGAUGGCAGUGAUGAUUGCAGCUCUGAUGAGUGACUUGGACUCUAUCUUUAACAGUGCCAGUACCAUAUUCACCCUCGAUGUGUACAAACUCAUCCGCAAGAGUGCAAGCUCCCGGGAACUAAUGAUUGUGGGGAGGAUAUUUGUGGCUUUUAUGGUAGUGAUCAGCAUUGCAUGGGUGCCCAUCAUCGUGGAGAUGCAAGGAGGCCAGAUGUACCUUUACAUUCAGGAGGUGGCAGAUUACCUGACGCCCCCAGUUGCAGCCCUGUUCCUUCUGGCGAUUUUCUGGAAGCGUUGCAAUGAACAAGGGGCUUUCUAUGGUGGAAUGGCUGGCUUUGUUCUUGGAGCAGUCCGUUUGACACUGGCCUUUGCCUACCGUGCCCCAGAAUGUGACCAACCUGAUAACAGGCCAGGCUUCAUCAAAGACAUCCAUUACAUGUACGUGGCCACUGCGUUGUUUUGGGUCACAGGACUCAUUACUGUAAUUGUUAGCCUUCUCACGCCACCUCCUACGAAGGAACAGAUUCGUACCACCACCUUUUGGUCUAAGAAGAGCCUGGUGGUAAAGGAGAGCUGCUCCCCAAAAGAAGAACCAUACAAAAUGCAAGAGAAGAGCAUCCUGAGAUGCAGUGAGAAUAGUGAGGCUGUCAACCACGUUAUUCCCAAUGGGAAAUCUGAAGAUAGCAUUAAGGGCCUGCAGCCUGAAGAUGUUAAUCUGUUGGUGACCUGCAGAGAGGAGGGCAACCCAGUGGCUUCUUUAGGUCAUUCAGAGGCAGAAACACCUGUAGAUGCUUAUUCCAAUGGGCAAGCAGCUCUCAUGGGUGAGAAAGAGAGAAAGAAAGAAACAGAGGAUGGAGGCCGGUACUGGAAGUUCAUAGAUUGGUUCUGUGGCUUUAAAAGUAAGAGCCUCAGCAAGAGGAGUCUCAGAGACCUGAUGGAGGAGGAGGCUGUUUGUUUACAAAUGUUGGAAGAAACUCCACAAGUUAAACUAAUACUGAAUAUUGGACUUUUUGCUGUGUGUUCACUUGGAAUUUUCAUGUUUGUUUAUUUCUCCUUAUGAACUUUUAAGGAUAUGAUGAGACACUAACUUAAGAAAAUACUGGUCUUUGAAAAAAAACAAAAAAACAAAAAACAAAACACCUAUGUAACUGUUGCAUCUCUCAGGCAUUGUUUACGCUGUAGGUUUUAGCCAAAUUUUACUUAGCAGAAAAAUCAUCUAUUUGCAAGACUUUAUUUUCCCAGAGAUGGAUGAAAGUAAAAUUUCAAUCUAAAUGAAGUAAAACUUGUUUAACAGACUGAAUUGUGCAAAUGUGGUUUAAAAUUUUCCAUACCAAAGUAAGGAGAGACCAAUUAUUCUCAUAGAGCACUUAGAGCAGAAUAUAUGCUAAGAUAUCACGAAUAAGAUAUACUGUCUGCACUGCCAAAUCUUGGUAGGCCUUCUUACCCUGAAGUAGAAGACUUGCUCAUUUUAAAGUUUUUUCUCUCUCUGUAAUCCCUACUUCCGUUUUAAAAAACUGAAUUUGUAGACAUUGUAUAAUCAAUUAUGUACUGAAAAUCUAACAUGUGCUUGUUUCAGGGCAAGUUCGUUUGCCAGGUUUGUUUUGUUAGCAUGAGCCUAUGGAUUCUGAAUGCUGAAAGAAAGGAAGAAGAAUGUUUUCCUGUAGCUAUUCUUGUACCACCAGUAUAUGGAAUGUUGGGAAAAAGUUUGUUCCAGUUGUUUUUUUCUUUUUUUCCUACUUUGAAGUUGAAGUGAACCAUACUCAAAUGACCACCAAGUCUGUCUUUAUAAAGUUGUAUGUCAUGAUUGUAUUGUAAAUGAUUAUGGGGGAGAAAAUGAAGUAAACAUUGCUGAUGAUCCCCAGAUUUACUGACCAAAUUAAGAUCAUUUAUAUAGUUUGGAAAUUAGCAUCUCCUAAGCAGCAUUUGAUUGACUAAGCUGAACAGAUGAUAGUCUAAUACUAAAUAUCGGACUUUUUGCCGUGUGUUCACUUGGAAUUUUCAUGUUCUCAUACUUCAUUAAUUCUCUAGCUUUGUUCUUGUCAUUUGGUAACAUUCUUUAUUAGCCAGGUACCUUCCCAAGUGGAUCCAUUUGGAAGAUAUGUCCGGAAAUUUGAAGAAGAAUUAACUCUGCCUUUGUGCUGGGUCGCCCUACUUGAUUAGAUCAUGAGAUAUUGCAGUUGAGUUUUUAGAGUGAAAAUUUAAUUCUCAGAUCAUAUUGUAUCCUUGAUAAGUCUUUUUUCCCCGAUUUACUUUUUUUUCAAAAGACUUACCAUGUGUACACAGCCUCUACAUUUUUGCUUAAAAAGUUAACAGUGACGUAGAGUGUGAUGAUAUUUCGAUGCAAACUGACCAUCAGUAACAGAAAACUCAAGAGUGCAUGCUUUGCCAUUGGUGGAUUGUCAGUAUAGUUUUUCUGUAGAAUGGAUAGCGUGUUCAAGAGGUGCCAUGAACAAGAACUUCUACGGGUUCAGUAGUGUGUCUUGUAGAGGAGAUGACAGGACUUGCGUUAAUUGUAGGACCCUCUAUCUUGACAUGGCUUCGUACCCACUUACAGCCUUCCUGGAAGAGAAUCCAUUUUUCACAGGCUGAUUCCCUUCAUGAGGACAGGGUACAAAAGACGUUUGAGAAAAGCUCUACAGAUUAGGUAGUUCUUUGUGUGUCCUGUCCUUUUUCCUCCAUGACAGAUGAAGGAAACUAAUUGUGUAUCUACUUUGACUUUUCUGUAAUCUCUGAUAUUUUUUAAAUUGCAUGAUUUUAUUAACCUUUAUUCUUCAGGGGAAAAUUAUUACUUUUUUAGAUAUCUUUGUAGAUUUUGAAUCAAAACUCAGUCCUAAUGACUUUAAAUUUUUUUGUAUUUGUAAACUAGUUUCAUUAUGAUGGAUUUGAUUAGUUCAAAGUUGAUUUUAGAAAUUAUCAGGUAGCAUAAUGUCUUCCCAUCUCCAGGGGGCUUUCUGAAGGACUGAGUCUGUAGAUGAAAAAAUAAUUCAUGUACGAAUAGUAUGGUUUCUGAGAGCAUAUUAGAGUGCCUUGUGGAAUUUUGUUCUCAAUUUCAUUCUUAAGGUUUAUAAGCUGGGGGCCAAAUAAAAAUAAGGACCAUCCUUUUCUUGUGUGGAGGCUGAGGCUGUGACAUGUCCAAGGUUACAAAGUCUGUUGGGAAGAACAGAAAACCAGGUGUCCAAAUCUGGAUUCAUGGUUUGUCCUCUUCUUUUCUCAAAGGAACUGUUCUUCCUUUGAGACAGCUUUUUGAUAUUUGGGGAAAUAACAGGAUCUUAGAUUUUUCAAAUUGACAUUAAGUUGUAGGAAUUAAAAUUUUUCUUUGACUCUGAACACCUUGCUGUGUAACUCAGCAGUGAGGAUUGACAUAUUGGCUGAGCAGCCUUCUUACCCCUUGUAUUAAAAGCAUAAAUGAAUAGGUGGUAUUUAAGUGGAUUUUUCCCCCCCUUUAUUUAAUGUUGACUCCUAAUAGUUUGGGAUAUUAGCAUCCCCCUGCCUUCUCUCUGCUGUUGUCUUAGUAUGAUACAUAAAAUACAUCAUCUUGUGUCUAUUCAUGUGUAUAUAGCAGUAGGUCAAGUUUAGAGUACUAAUGUUUGUAAAUAAGGAAUGAUUAUUAGCAUAUCCAUUAGGAUUGUUUAUUCUUGCCAGUAUAAACAUUUUAUUUCGACUGAAGUCCCUGAAGCUUGCCCUUCUUAUUGCUUCCCAGUAAUAGAUAAUGUGCUUGAAUAAGUAUGUGAAUUCCUGAUUGCAACUUCAUUUCAGGGGACCGUUCUUCAGUCUGUAUUUCAUUAGAAUGAUUGUUCAUGGAAUGAUAACGUGGUCUGUCUUAAAGCUAGCAAAAUAGUCAUACUUUACACUAACUAAAAGGGUCCUAAAUGAUGACAUUGAUACCUAGACAUUAACAUGUAUAUGUUUUCAUAUUGGCUCAAGCUGAAGUUCAGAAUUGGCUAAGAGUGAUUGACUACAAUAGUUAGCUGCGAGUCAAAAUGAAGCGAGGACACUGGUGUUCAAAGGUGGAGAAAAAUAUUGUCUUAUCUGCUGUUAAUGGUAUCCCCAGUUCUUAGAUUUUUGUCCUCUCAGGCAAUCUUAGUCUCCAGAUCUGAUGAGAAGAGCUUAUUACCCUGACAUGCAGAAUGAUUAUUGGUUCCUUUGUGGGACCUCUAAUUUCCCUGUUCAUCUAAGAAUAUUUUGUCCUCCUACCCAAGACAGUAAACGGCUUUUGAAACAGCUGAGCCAGUCUUUUUCCCCAGCCUUUCUUUCCUGGUGAGGUUAUCACUCUUAUCUUUUGGUUAGAGAAGCAUCAAGCAGUAGCAAUGGUGCUGUGUCCUUUGGCCUAAAUCCAGCAGAUCUGAUCUCCCAAGCCUUCUUUUUCACUUGGCUCAAAGGAUCCAUUGUCUUUUUGCACAAAGAGGCUGGCCUGGGUCACAAAGCCCUAGCUCUUGGGGAUGGCAAGUCAAGUAAUUAGUGGGGGCCCAUCACUCCAUGAAACUUCACAUUUUAAGAAUUGAGUGGGAAGGUUGUUACUCAGUUCUCCAACCUGAGGCUAAGUGGGGGCUUGAAAGUCUUGUCCAGGGUGAUUAGAACCUUUAAGUCUCUACAUUUCUCAGUCCAUUGCUGUCUUCCCUAUAUUGGGUGUGUGGAUCUUCCCCCUCUCUCUUUAGAUAUCAUUUAAUGUAGCGUAUGGGUUAUUCUCAUUCUUUACCACACUAUAGAGCUGCUAUAUUAUUAACUAUUAAAAGGUUAGACCCAUCACUGUUCCCACUUGGCAGUAUUCGGCUUACUUGCUUUUCUUAUACUUUACUCCCAUGUGUCAUUUUCAUCUGAGGUAUGAUGGCUGAAAAUGACCACAUGGGUAUCUAGUAGUGACACCUCAGCAUUUCCUGAGUUUGGGUUGAGAGAUGUAUAAAGACCAUUGUUAAAUUACGUGAGUACGGAGACUUGCCAGGACAAAAUUUUCUUAUGAAGUCAGAAACACUAUUAAGUGAGAUGCUGAGAAGUACCUGGGUGAUGCAGACUUAACAGAAGACAGAAUUAGCUUAAAAUGUGUUAGAUGUAGAAUCAUAUUCAUUGAACCCUAGAACUUGAGGCAUCUUUGCUAUCAGCUAGUUUAAACCCCUCCGCAUAUAGAUUAGGGUACAGUGAAUAAGAUCAAGCUUGUUAAACCCUGGUUUGAUGUUGAAUAUCGUAAAGUAUGAGUUUAUUAACAUAUUUGAGGUUAAAAUGACUGAUAUUUCAUAAUGAUACUUUAGUAGAAAAAAAUGGUUUUAGGCUUCAGUAUUCAUAAGAUUUAUCAUUAGCCAGGUGUUAAAUUGUUCAAGUCAUUUUAAUGUUGACAUUAGCCUGAGCAGACUUUACAAAUGGGAUAUAUUCCUAUUUGUGUGUAUGCCUACCUACCAUUCAGAGAGACUGGUUUCCCCCUUUAUUUGUCUUCCCUCACAUUGCUUUAAUUAUUCACCUAUUCUUUCAACACUUAACAGAUUCCUAUUUUGAUCUUUUGUCAGCUUAAUUCACUUUCUUUCAGGCUUAUUGUCAUGGUGUGCAGAAGUGCUGCUUUGCCCCAUAUUUGAAGGUCUGGAUCCAAAUAGUGAUUCACUAAAUAUAGUUGUGUUUAAAUAUACUAAAUUUCUAUUAGCUUAAACUGUUCUCAAGAAUUAUUUUCUUAGACUUUGUGUUCACUAAUAAUAAAAGCCCUUAAAAAUUCAUCAGUAUUUUAUUCUCGAAACUCAUUUUUCAAAAAUUAGGAGGCAAGAAUAGUUAAAUUCACACCAGUCCCUUUGAAAUGAUGGUAUCACAAUAUAGAGAGGAAUGGAGUUUGUUUUGAUGCUGAAAAGCCUUGUUCUUGCAGUAAUUAAAGGUAAAAAGUUGGAACUAGUCAGUUGGCAUAUAGAGAAACCCUUUUGUACUAGUUAGGUAUGAAGCUGGAUUACAUAAGAAGUAAUCUUUUGAUCACUACGUUUGGUUUUCUUGGUUGACUUAACUCAGGGCUGCAAACCACUUUUCCUCCAUUAAGCUAACUUCUCUUAAUUUGGUAUGCUUUUUGUCAAACUCUCACCUCUGUUGGAAGAGUAGAUACUCAACUACUUUGACUCCAGAACAGAAUUUAGCUAAGGUUCAAAAUAAUUGAUGGGCUUUGCCAGCACUGAGUCCCACACCAUUAUUCACGUUGUCAUAUAAAUGUUUUUAUUUAAACUUCUCUCUCCAGUGCUGGGAAUAAUGCUUUAAACUACUGAUUCACCUUUAAAGGAAUGUUAAGAGAAUUGAUAUAAUUAAUGUUUGUUUCCAUCUCAAAUCCUUUAUAAAAGAUAGGAUUUAGCUUAUUGUUUUGGGUUAAGCACCCCAUUUAUCUGGUAACUAACAGGCUUAACCAUUGGCAUAUAGUCUUUUACUCAGAAGUAAACAAAAAAGGUUUGAUGUAUCUGUAUCAUUACUCACCUCGUGCACUUUACUUUUUUGGGGAGGACCAUAAUCUGAGACUUGACUUAAACCAAUAAACUUAAUUUAUGUAAUGACUUUUAAAAGUUUGGUUUGGUUACCUGGAUAUAUAGCGUGUUUGAAGAGAGGGAUGCUAGAAUAAGUCAAGACAAAGCACAGUGGUCUCAGAUUCUUGUUAGUGUAGGAGCAGUGCUUUGCUCUCCUCAGAGAAGCACUGUAUUAUAAUUGUUGCCCAGGAUAACGGAGCCCCCCACCCCAGUUCAAGACAGUUUACAGUAAGUGAACUCUGUCAUUGAGGGAAAUACAUUUUCCAGUGAUUUCGGCAACAGCACAAGUUGACAGUAGAUAACCACACCUUUGUUGGAGACUUAUGUUGGAAAUUCACCUUGUACCCUAGUGCUGCUGGAUAAAGGAGUGUUUACUUUUUUUUAUUGCCUCUGGACAAACUACUCUGGAUAAUUUUCCAAUAUAUCAGUGUAGCCUAUACCUCCGUAAGUGGAAUGUUCCUUAAUAACUCACUUUUUUGUUAUUCUAGUUGGAAACUGAAAUUAAGCUCAUUGCUAUCUAUAUUAUUGAAACCCCCAAUUGGCAAAGGCCAUUCUGUAGGGUAUUCCAUAAUAUAAUCAUCUUCUGAAAUUUAUGUUUUGAUUAGUGCCUUCUGGUUGCCAAUAUUGAAUCCGCUAGUUCACACCUUUCCCUUUCUUGAUAGAUAACUCUUAUUUGUUACAAUUCCUCUUUUUAAAUAUUGUUAUAGCUAGUGAAGGAAAUACAUUUAUAUUUACAUACUUUAUAUGCAGUCUCUGUUUAAGUUCAAGGAACCAGGUAAGUCUGGUUUGUGUUGCAGCUUAAAUGUUAUUUAUUCAUCUGUAUUUGUUUCUUUUAUAUCCUUAAUUAAAAAUUUAAGGUUACUUAUUCUGUGAGUGUAUUUUAACUUUAUCAUUUUCCAGUGUAGGUUGGAUAGGCAUAUCUGAGAACAUAUAUGUGACAACAGUUUCACAUUCCAUGAUAAGGAAAAAGCUGAAAGUAAGCGUCCAUAGAAAGCACAAAACCAUGUUCCCUCAUAUUUGUAACUCCACAUGUAGAAAGCACAAGACUAACAGUAUUCUCAUUAUCCCACAAGUGCCAGGCAUAAAAAGCCCACCAUGGGUUUGUCUCGAGUUGUCAGGAUGAGGACCGCAGUACUGAAAGCCCUAGACAGUGAGGUACCUAAGAUAGGGGUCCUAAAUCAUAAGGGAUUCAGCGUUCUAAUCUGAGUACGUUUGUACUGCUUUGGUGGAGGAGAGAAUACCAAUGUCAAGAAUACUGCAAUUGUAUUGGGGGGUUACUAGCUAAAAUGGGGUCUGUGGGCUCUUUCCUACAAUCUGGAACUUGAGAAACAGGGACAGACUUCUAGGUUUUUGGUGGGUGGAACAUUUUGACAGACUUCUGCUUUAAGCUGUAGAGCCAUUGGAUUUUUUUUUUUUUUAAUCAUAAAUCUUUAGGAAAUUUUACCUCCCGUCAAUAGUACCCUGAAAACAUGGAGAAAUCUCACAUUUUAAUAGGGCAAAUACUAAUCUUUAAUCUUUGUGUAAAUUUAAUCUAAACUUAAUGAAGUUUUUUUUCAUAUGCUUCACUGCACUUCAUUUUAAUAGAGCAGAAUUUGAUCCAAGUGUUACGAGCAUCAAACUAACUGAGACAGAUCUGCCAAAUGAACUACUUUGCUUUUCACAAUGGUUGUAAGAGUCUAAAGGAUUCUUUUGCCUGUCUCAUUACCCGCUUCAAGACUAGAUUAGAUGAAAUCUGUGAAUAUGCAUGCAAAAGAAGAAAAUAAUGUGUUUUCUUGAACUCGACAUUAUCCUUAUUUUACUCGUCACUUUCUUCACCUGAAUAGUCCCUGUUUGUAAACAAUGAAUAAAUACAUCUGUGUCUUGGAUUUUGCCUGUAUGUCAAAAGAUGGAAGGACUCUAAGGAUGGAGAGAUGUGACUAUCUUUGUUCCCACUCUCCUCUAUUUUGUAUGUUUAUCUUCUUAGGGAUAAUCAACUUUAAUAAUAUAUGGAAUGAAGAUUAAAGCUGGUGUAGACUAAUGGAACAUGUUUUAGAAGAAUUAACCUGAGCACUUUGAGGGAGAGACUUACCCCCUCUAGCCAAAAGUCGCCAGGUUGUGGACCUACAGCAUUUUUUUAAGAAUGUAAAACCUCAGGCUUCGGUGGGGUUACUGGAGAGGAGUACCAGAAAUGCAGGAGAAAGGAGAGGUUUGAGGAACAUCUUUGGCUUAGCAAUAUGUGAUAAGGCAAAGCAGUAAUAACCUGUUAGUCCUGUGUAGAAUGUGUUCUGUACCUUUAAAUUUUGUUUUAAAAUUUAAAAUAGUUUUUAAGAACUUAAAGGAUGCUUUUGAAGAUUCCUUUGACAGAAUAUCUUUCAUCUGUAAUUCCAUGGAAAAUUGCUUUAAUUAGUCUAGGUGAAAGUAGUCCUAGCGGUGUAAAUAUGUAUAAAUAGAAUUUUCUAAUUUCACUGUGAGAUCUCUAACUUUUGAGUGGCAAACAGAUCAACAAGUCUUUUGCUCAUGGACUUUUCUGUGGGGUUGUUAAAAUGCAAAAGCUUUAUUUUUUAAAUAAUGACAUAUUACAUUAGUGUCAGAUGAUGGUAUGGAAUCUGUUGCCCUGCUUUCCCCCACCAAUAUUGCUUCAGUUUAUAGAUUGCCAACAGAGUUCCAAAAUAAAGCGAGGAUUUACCCAUUCUUUGCUUGGACAUCCCAUUUUCUGUUGCCUGGACCUAUGUUGGCAAUCACAUAUGAACUAUGUUAGGCUUCUCAGUGCUUCUUCUUCUCCUUUUUUUUUUGAUAAGGUGGAUAUCAAAAAUAGUUGCUGUGCAAAAGUUAGUAGUCUUCUUCAAGAAGAAAACCAAUUCCUUUUCUAAUAUCCUGUGAAAUUGCUUCAUUCAUUCCUUUAUUUUUAAGCCAAAUGUCAGCAGAGUACUGCUGCUUUUAUCUAGUAAUUUUGAUAUGUAAGUAUUAAUGCAUUUUUAAAAGAUGUCUACAUUGAAAAAUGUUUUUCCCAGUGUCCUGCCUCUUAAGCUUUGUUCAGAUGUUCUGUGAGAGACCAGUCUGUGCACUGGGGUUGUGUAUUGUAUACAUGGAUUGUUUUGUCAGUUAUGCAUUGUAGACCAAAUGUGAUUUUAAAUGAAGUUGUUGGGUUAUUGGUGAGUUUUUUGAAUUGUAAACUGAUUUCCAGGGUACCUUCAUUGUCCACAGCAUUUUUUUUUUUUUUGUAAGGUUUGACUGAUCAGGUCCAUCUCACUGUACAAUGUUUUAGUUGCAAGCAGAAAGUAGAAUUUGGUAUAAACCAGGUUACUUCCAUAUUGAAAGGAAUGCAAUUAAAAUUGUAGAUUUAGGAUUGUUAACCAUACAUGACAAUUCUAACUUGACUUAUUCUAACCUAUUGUAUACAGUCUUAUUUUUUAAAUUGUAGACAUGUAUGAUCUUGGUUUAAUGUGUUUUUAAAAGUGUUACUGUUUAAAAAUGAAAAAAAAUGAAGCGAAUCUGCUAAAGAGCUGUCAGUUUUCAUUACUGACUCUGUAAAAUACACUGUUCUUUGUGUACUAUGUGUUAUUUUGCCAGCUGCUGCAUUAGCCUUUAAAAGUAUUUGGAAAUUUAAGAUGAACUACAUUUCUUGCAAAGUAUAUUCCUUUCUGUGGUAUUUUGUCCUGUAACUGAAGUAUAGUAAUUAUUUUAUGGAAAUGUUAGCACUUCUGUACCAACUUUGAAUAAAAUGAAAAAUUUA